AUGGGUGACUGGAACCUGCUGGGCAGCAUCCUAGAAGAGGUCCACAUUCAUUCCACCAUCGUAGGAAAGAUCUGGCUCACCAUACUCUUCAUCUUCCGUAUGUUGAUACUGGGAGCUGCCGCUGAGGACGUAUGGGACGAUGAGCAGUCUGAGUUUGUCUGCAACACUGACCAGCCGGGCUGUAAAACUGUCUGUUACGAUCGUGCCUUUCCCAUCUCCCUCAUUCGAUUCUGGGUCCUUCAAGUCAUCUUUGUUUCUGCCCCCUCACUGGUCUACAUGGGCCAUGCCCUUUACUGCAUCCAAACACUCGAGAAGGAGCGUCACCGGAAACGAGCCCAGCUGAAAGAGGAGUUGGAGGAUGCUGGGAAGGCAGCGGAAGAACACAAGCGCCUGGAGAAGGAGCUGAAAAAGCUAGAUGAACAGAAGAAGGUGAAGAAGGCUCCUCUCAGGGGCUCUCUGUUGAGAACCUACAUCAUCCAUAUCCUUACACGCUCUGUGGUGGAGGUGGCCUUUAUUCUGGGCCAAUUUGUGCUCUAUGGAGUCCACCUGGAGCCACUCUAUAAGUGUGAGAGGCUCCCUUGCCCCAACAGCGUGGACUGUUACAUCUCCAGGCCUACAGAGAAGACCAUCUUCAUGAUCUUCAUGAUUGUCAUUGCUGGUGUGUCACUUUUCCUCAACAUCCUGGAAAUAUCCCACCUGGGCUUCAAGAGAAUCAAACAGACUCUUUAUGGAGAGAAAUACACAGAGGACGACAGUUUGAUUUUCAGAAACAGAAGGAAGACGUCCUUCCCGCAGCUCUGUGUGAUGAGUAAUGUAUCACCUCAUAAUGGGCCUUUGACUCAGACCUUUAAAGUCAUCCCGGAGGCAAACAUAAAGCCUCCUUUUUUGAACACUGGGCUCAAAGCCGGUCAGGAGUCACAGGGACAGUACAGCUUAGCUAAUCCUGAACAGUCCAGCAUCAUCUGUCCCCAACCACGAUUGAGUACAGCAUCAAGACAGAGCUGCAGCAUUCAAGACCCCCCAACUCAAGAACAACCAGAACCAGAGGGCCACACAUCCACAGUGGAUGAGCAACCAGGCCGGUCCUCUGCAGGGUCGAACGAGGAGGGAAUUACAACAGUCAAUGACUAUGAAUCUGAUGAAGACGAACAACUCGAACCAUGCAAUAUUGAAGAACUGCUUGCCAACAUUAGGCACAGUAUCAGCGAACAGUACGAGGACGAGCGAAGAGACUCAAUAGCAAGUGGGGUUCUAUUCCCCAACCCCCGAAAAACCAGCUUUAUGAUGAGACCACCAUCUGAGAGUUUGUCCUCCACGACGGGCUCUGCCAGCCCUUCCGUAAAUGCCUCAGAGGACUCAGACGAACUGGGCUCUCUGCAGGGAGACGCGCCCAAUGCUGCCGCUGGGGGACGGAGAAUGUCAAUGAGCAUGUUCCUGGAUAUCUCCUCUAUCAUGAAGAAGUGA